AAGUCUACGAGAAACCUCUCCCUCUUGGCCAUCAAAAGCAUCAAGAAAAUGCAAAUACAUGCUCACAACCACAUGGCAUAAGAUAGGAUCAUAGGAAUAAAUCAUUCCAAACAACUGCACCUUCAGCAUCGAUGGCUGCAAUUCCAACGCCAUAGCCAUGGGUAUUAUCAUACACAUAAAUUCCAUCAUCGCACAAGGAGUCAUCACUUGAGGCCACUCCAGCAAAAACGCUAACGCCCUCCUCAACUCCUUCAUAUUCAAACCCGCACCCGCACCCGGAUCCGAAUCCGAAUCUUGUUUCACACACUGCGGCACGUUGAAAGGAACCAUCUGAACAGAAGUGUUGAGAACGGAGACGCUAAGUUUCCGAGUGAUGAUGUUGUGAAUCACUGAGGUGAAUAGCAAGAGGUAGUUCUGAGAAGCGUGGGUUCGCUCGUUCUGGCAGAGGCUCCACAAAUGCCCAACCACGUCCGAAAGCAAACCUGGUUUCCAUAGUUCCAAUUCCCUAAGGCAUUCGCACGCGAUGCCACGUGUGUGCCGGUCCGAACCGAAAUUAGGGCGGUUUAUGACCGUCAGCAAUAACUCCACCACACUCUCCGUUUGAGCCUCGACUUCGGCGUUUUCCGAUACGCAAAUGAGGAUAGAGGUGACGGAAACCAUGAAUUGAUCCUUGAAAGCGGGAGUGAUGUGGACGGCGUCGACAGGCGCGUGGAGGACGGAUUUGAGAGCGUCGAUGAGACGAUGGAGCGUUGGUUGGGGGAAGAAGCAGAGGGAGAACUCGUCGAGGAAUAAGAGGAGUUGGAGUUUGAGAGACAGAGUGAAGUCCUUGCGCAGAAGAGAAGAGAGGAGAAGAUCGAGGAGGGGAUCCAGAAAACACCAUUUUUGGGUGCCGGAUUGGAACUCCUCGAUUAGGGUUUCCCACUCCUGAGCUGUCAGAGGCUUCGACGGUGGUGGUGCCGCCGCCUUCUCCGCCAUGCCGUUCACAAGCUGAUCUACACUGCUUCAAGAUACACUCCUAACUGCAACACGUGCUUCAUUCUCUUGAACCGAACCGGACCGGGUUCGUUGGAUGUAGUGUAGAAAGCUUUUGGGUUGGACUUAAUUCUGGUAGCCCAGCCCAUACCUAAGCCCACAAUGAUUUUUUUAGAGCAAAAAACUGUUUUUUUCUCCCAAAUUCCCUCAACUCUUUCCUUUUCCGGCUCUUUCUCGGCAACCAAACAGUGGAAUUGGCAAAACAACUCAGCUUGAUCGUCUUGAAUCGUUGCUUCGCAAUCGCAACCGGCACAUCGAUAAGCUGUUCAGGUGCGUUAUGGUAGUCAUAUUGUUUCCUGCAUGCAUUCGAAGAUUAUGUUUUGGCAUUGAUAUCUGAACUGUUUUUUUGUAGCGGUUGUUUUUAUGAACCUCUUUGUGAAUUUGGCUGUUUUGAGCAACGCGCCUUAAAGCAUUUAUUUUUGCUGUGAAAGUUUGGUAAAGCUGUAUUGCUUUUUGCACAAACAAAAAGAGAAGACAAACCUCUAGAUUUUUUUUUGUUCUGCUAUUGUGUGUGUAACUGAAAACUCGGUUCUAAGUUAAAUGGUAUGGAGAUUUUAUCCAAUUUCUUCAUGUUCUAGUGGGUGCUUCUGGAUGCAAUAUUUUGUGAAGGUUGUGUAAGUUUUUAAUAUAUUUAAAAUCUUAAUUUGUACCCCUGGCCUGCGUACAAAACUACGAAAAUUUUUAGCUUUAGUUGGCCAGUGAUGUCCUAUUGGAUUCUAUUGCGAGAUGUAUUAAAUUGUUCAUGUUUUCUGCAUUCAAGGAAGCAUCUUUCCAUAAACUUCUUAUCAGAUUAAGAGAAGUUAGAAUGCGUUAUUUUCGGGGUGUCAACGCUCUCCCACCCAAAUUAGUGUCAAUCAGUAUCCUGUUAUCCAUCUAAGAUAUUUUAACUGAAAUAUGUAUUUUAAAUGUAUCCUUUUCUCCAAUAGUAAAGUUGGUGCAUGACAAUUUUACGAACAACUGAACUUUAAUUUUACAUAUAGAUUAUUAAUAGGAGCCUAACUCACUUAGGGAGAUAAGAUUUGGUUAUUGUUGUAUUUAUCCUUCAUUGUUGUGGGAAAAUAAAAGAAUUUUCUCCCCCACUAUUUGAAGUUCUAUGCUCUAGAAAUAGUUUCCACUCUACAGAAAAUUUUUCUAGUAUUAGUUAUUUUUUCAUUAUAUGUUUCAAGGAUCAGUUAGACUGAAAAACAAUUCUUUUUGUUCAAUUUGGAAAUAAGAAUAUUCAAACGAUAUUAUUUGGUAAUGAUUGUCAUUUUACUAUUUUUUACGUCCAAGAAAAUAUGUUUUGUUAGAUAUGAAUACAUGUAUUUGAAUUAAGAUUUAGGGAAAUAGUGUUUUCUCGAUCGUAGGCAGGCUAACCACAUGUUUGUUUUGGAAAGCUUAACAGCAUAAACAUGGAAGAAUAUAACAAGAGCAACAUAAAGAAGAAGGCCAGGCUGAACUCGUUGCUGACAACCUUACUGAAUGAUCCUAUACUUUCUGAUGUGCCCAAGAACCCAACUUUGGCAGAUGUUGACACCCUCAUCAGCUUUGAAUUGGGUAGUGCCAUGUGCAUCUCUGUCUUGAAAUUGGAUGGAACUUCAUUUGAUGUGACAGUGAUGAAUUCAGCAACAGUCAAAGAUUUGAAACUUGCCAUCAAGAAGAAGGUGAAUGACAGGGAACAAUCCAGCAUGGGUCACCGCCAUAUUUCUUGGAAGCACGUAUGGGCAAAUUAUUGCUUGUCAUACCAUAACAACAAGCUUCUAAAUGAUGAUGAUGCUAUACAAAGUUUUGGUGUACGAAAUAAUUCUCAGGUACAUUUUGUUCCCUAUGUCACGACAAAAGAAUCUCGGAGACAUUCGAAGCGGAGAAAGCAUCGUUUUUUUCAUGGCCUUAGUAAGCUUUCCUGAUCAAACAAGCCCAUGGUGUAUAGCAUGUUCUAAAUCGUUGUUGGUACUGUUCUUUCUCAUUACUUGGACUAACAACGCUUCACCAAAAAAAAAAAAGGACUCACAAAGCAUGGACACCUGGCAACAGAGCUUGUACAUUUACUGUUGUUUCAACUUAGUUGCAAUGUCAUCCCUAGCCAUUCGUAGCGUCCAAUCGGACAAGCCAGUUUCACACUAAUUUCUGUCUGAAUCUUCACCCUACAGAAAAUGAAAAAUAAAAAUAAAAAUCCCGUGGCAUGCCUUGGUCUCAUUUAAGUGGAGAAUUAUGUUGCCAAAAACCGUGCUGAGCUGCAGCUACCUUGUGGGAGGUCAAAAACCCUAAACCAUACUUGUACUUUUAAGAUUAUUUCUCCAUUUUGCUGCAAACAAGUUAUUCAAAAAUAUGUAAUUUCCAUCUCAGAACAUAAAAACUAUAGCAUUAGCUUAAGGCGUUAUUGUUGGUAAUGAAUUAUUGUAUUAUUAUUGUAACAUUACACAUUUUAUUUCCAAUAAAUUACAAGAAUGUCAUUAUAAAU